AUGAAAGACGACCUAGCUUUUAAUAUUAAAUUCAGUGAGUUAGUUCAUGAAAGACCAUGUUUAUAUGAUUACACUAGACCCGAUUACAGUAACAGGAACGCGCAAGAUGGGUCUUGGCUAGAAAUAGCGAAAACUGUCGAAGAAUCGGUUGCUGAUUGCAAAGGAAGAUGGAAGAACCUACGAGGUUGCUAUACAAGACAUUUAAAAAACAACAACAGACCUUCUAGUUCUUCAGCAAAACAUGUAAAGCCCUAUUAUUUAGCAGAUCAUCUUCAGUUUUUAGAUCGGUACAUUAAAUCUAGGCAAUGA